AUGAUACCCCAGCCGGUACCCUCGGCGUUGACUGAAACUGGGUUGCCCGCCGCAUUUGUAUCAGUUGUGUGGCUGAUGAGUGUGUUCCAAAGUCUGCUUGCUUUUGUUCCUAGAAUAAACCCCAAAAUCACUGUCAUGUUAAUAGGAAUAAUUGAGAUAGCCAAUGGGCGCGCUGACUUACAUUUCCCUUAA